GCGGAGGUGCUCGCCGUGCCUCACUGCCUCCAUGGCCCCGGACCCAUCAACUCAACUGAACUGAAGGUGUUGAGCCAAUAGUUGCUGCACCUCCACUGCCCCACCUCGGUAAUGCUGCCGCCCCUCGUGUGCUGGUGACGUCCCCGGCCCGUGCAGGGUGUGUGAGUGUGCAGGCACCGGCCACGCCUGAACCAGACCACAACAAUCUCGUGUGUUAUUAAUCUAUCCGGCAGCAGCAGCAGCAGCAGCUCUGACACGCUGUAUACCCGGAGCUGCCUUUACCCCCCUGGAUUACAGUUACAGUGGACUUUUUCGAUCCAUGGAACGACUUAACUCGAUCUUAAGUUGAGGCAACAUCAGUAAAGUAUUUCAGACAGCUGCUGCGUAGAAAACUGCAUAUCCAAUGUCAACACGAGCUCUUAGGAAACUGCAGGGUGGCCGCAAGGACUUGGACUUGCCAAACCGCUCUCAUGAUGAGGAGGAAGAGCAGGAAGAGGAUGAGGAUGAUGAGAAAGAUGAACAGCUUGUGAAAGAAACACUUCUGCUGCCUUCAAAAGGCCCCAACAGGUUUGAUUUGCUAGUGCAAGGUUCUCCAUCUGAGUCUGAGGUAAAAGAGGAUGAUGACCUCAGUGACAACAGUGACCUUCGUGAGGAUGGCGACCGUGAUGGAGCCUCACCCCAACCACCUGUGGGCUCUGGUGCCAAGCGGAAACGCAAGAAAAAAAGGAAACGGGGAAGAGUGAAAGUUCCAGCAAGUAGUGAAGAUCCAACUGAUAAUGACAAAGAUGACAUAGACAAUAUUAUUGAGGAAGUAAAUGCGAUCUCCAGCACCGGGCCACAACAAGCUAUCACUGAAAAGACCUCAAAUAACAAAGUGAAAAAGAGCAUCCUCACAGUAGAACACAAGCAUCUUAAUCCACAGAAUGAGAUGAAGAGAAUAUUUGGGUCAAGGGUCGUGCAAGCAAGUGAAAGCAAUCGUCGAAGAGGCAGGACUGGCAAAUCAGGGAGGUCCACUUGGAUAGUUCCUGAACUGAUAAAUUGGACCCGCCACUCACGGCCAGGCCUGACCAUGGUGGUGGCAGAAACAACGCCAGAUUAUCAGGUGUUCAAGUAUGUGCACAGCCAGGCAUAUCAACAGUGCCAGUUCAGGUUCCUAGAUGCUGUCGAGUCCCUAAACCCAGAGAACAUCAUGAUGCUGCUCAAUCAAGAACCCUUCCAUGUGGACACACUUCUCCAAGUCUCGGAAAUCUUCCGCCUUGGUGAUGACUCGGCCAUGGCAGCCCAGCUAAUAGAGCGUGCGCUUUUCAUCCUCGAGUCUGCCACCCAUCCCCUCUUUAACAUCACCACAGGAUGCUGCCGAUUGAUGUACCGACAGCAGGAGAAUCGGAGUCUGUUCAUCGCCCUUUUCCGUCACAUCCUCAAUGUUGGCCAAAAGGGUUGCUACCGCACGGCCUUGGAACUGUGCAAGCUGUUGCUCAAUCUCUCACCAGAUGAUGAUCCACUGGCAGUUUCCCUCAUGAUUGACUUCUAUGCUCUGCGGGCCCAGGAGUACGGCUGGCUAGUUGCACUCUAUGACACUUAUGAACCUACCAAGAACCUUUCUAUGCUUCCAAACUUUAGCUUCUCUGUACCACUGGCACUGUUCCACCUGAGCAGCGGUGGCUUCCAGGCCAGCAGCCGGGACAGGAGGGAAUCCAGUAAGGCCGCAGCCCUGGCUGAAGCGUUGGGUAGUCCUGAGGCAAUGAGAGAGCGAGCAGAUUCCAUGUUGCAGCGAGCCCUCAUCAUGUUCCCAGGCUUACUCCUUCCUCUGUUGGACAAGUGCAGUAUUCAGCCUGAUCCAGGUGUUGCUGCCCAUGCCUACUUUGGGCCAGCAUCUCAAACAAGCCAAAGCAAGGGUCUGAGCCAAAUAGUGAACCUCUAUGUGGGCCGCUGCUUCCAUGUUUGGAAGGAAGCUGGAGUCAUGUCUUGGCUGGAAGAGAAUGUCAAGAAAACACUGGCACGUGUAGACGAUGGUGACCCUUUGGUGAAGGAAGGGGAGGAAAUGCGUAGCUUACGCUACCAAGGAACUCCCAUGGCCAUCUAUCGACAUAUCCUUAUGUCUGAAAUAAGAUCUGCUACCGCAGCCUUACCCCAGGCAUUGGCUAACACACCAGUGAUGAGCCAUGAUCCUCUGCCUCCUCCUGACACCAUCUGUGGGUACACUCGCCCAAAAUCUACCAUUCGACAACCAACAGCUGACUCCUCCAAUAUUCUGACCACAUUCUUCCGCUCACUACUUCCCAACUACAACCCUGACCCUGCUGCUGACCCUGCCAGAGAGGAGGAAGUAGGAGCUGGAGGAGGUGACGUUGGGGAUGGCCGUGGAGUAGGGGACUUGAGAGCAUCUGUCAAUUCUCUCUUGGAUGCCAUGAGGGACUUGCUGUCCAAUCUGCACCUGCCUGAACCACCCGGCAACGAGGCAGAUAUGUCUGGAGAUGACGAAGACAAUGAGUGGGACUGAUAGUUUUAAGAUUAUUUAAAUAUCACUAUACAAGCAUUAAUAAUUUCAUGAGCUUUGUCACAUUAUUUUUGAAGAAUUUAAGAGUUGUAAUGUGAUUGCAUUACAACUGUGUGAAGUGAUUUGCCUAUUCUGCUCUCUUUUGUAUUUAAACAUUUGAUAAAUACAGCAAUGAAAAAAAGUUAUUUGCGUAUCUAGGAACUCUUUUAAAGUAGAUUUGUUGAAGACUCAUUUUUAUCACAUGCACCAUAAAAAUCACUUUAAUCAUCUUGUGUGAUUUUGUUUUACUUAUUUUGGAGAUCACCUACUUGCUGUCCAUCACUCUCUUACUUCAAAAGCAGCUUAAGUAGAGUUAACCACUGAAUUGUAGCAUGACCUAAGUAGGAAAAGACAUCAUUAGACACCUGCCCAUGCCACCACAAGCUUGGGACAAGGGCCAAUGACCUCAGAAUACCCUACACACACAAAACAAUACAAUAAAACAGAGGAACACUGGGCCAUAUGUUUUACAAGGAAGCAUGCCAAUGUGCUCAUGCUUCUGCUGCAGGUCACAGAAGCUGUAGGAAAGUAAAACACUACAUAUCCACUUUUUAGAUGCACUUUUCUAACUCAUUAUUUAUCUAGAUCUUUUUUACAUCUAAAGUUUGCACUAGCUAGAUCAAAGCAACUGUACAGGGGUCAUCUAUAGGUAAGUCAUCAUUCAACAGUGUCAGUCAUGGAAGCUUGAGCCCUUUUCUAUGAACUGGAUGUUUUCCUUAUGAGCAGCUUUCAAAUAUAUGUAAUGACGAAA